AUGGAUGCAAUACUAUUCGCGUUGGCUUUGGAAGUGGUUCUAUUGCAAAUGCGGAUUCUCGAGAGCACUAGUGAACUGCGGUACCGAAAGAAAACUGAAAGCAAACCGGAAAAAGCACAGCGAGAAAAGCUUGUGAGGGAUCGAUCGCGUGGUGGAAUCUUAAAUGAGUUAAUAACAAAACGUACUGAAUGGACGUUGGAGCUAUGUAAUGCCGAUCAAAAGAUUGCUCAACUUCGAGAUAAGAUGAAGGACGAAAUGCAAAACGCAAACGCAAGGCUAUGCUACGUAGAUAAAUGGUUGUUUGCCCGCCACGAGUCGUUAGAGAUGCAAUGGAAUUUAGAACCGCGAGCACCCGCGCCGAGUCUCAACCAUGAGAACAGAGUGCACGCCGAGCUAGUUAGAGCUUAUGAACUACAAAUAGAGGAACGCGAAUGCACCUUACAAUAUUGGAAACAGAAGUACUUGGAUGACACCGCUAACAUAAAUGAGCGCCUGACAAACAAAUGUGAACAAUUACGUCAAGUCGUAGCUAAACGUGAAGAAUUACAGAAAUUGUUUGACUUGCAUGCUGGUGAAAUGCGGGCAUGGUUGACGUUUAAAAGCGAGCGAGCCGCACGUUUAGCUAGAGAAAAACUUAGAAAAGACGCUGCAACACGAUUACAAGCGUGGUGGCGUGGUAUUAUGGUUCGCAGAGCACUUGGUUCCUUCCGCCACCUGAAAAACUUAAAGAAAACUCCCACUAAGAAGAAGAAAUAAAGUUAAUACUGUUUAAAUUAAUAUCCUUAAUUUGAAAUAAAAUUAGUUGUAAGUAGUCUUUGUAAGGCGUACCGAUCUCUAUUUACGAUAAUUUUAAUUCAUAGCUUAGUAACUACAACAAUAACUGUUUGAGUAAAUUAAAAAAUGGUAUACAUGAUAAUUUCAGUAAACUUUAAACAAUAAUCUAACUUUUAACCUUAGGAAUCACAGCAAAACUUUUUCUAAGUCUUAAAA